CCCAAACACGCCUCUAAAAAGGAAGGGACGACCCCCUUUCCCCACUGAUAUUUUUCCACAAUCCCCGACCAAGCAUGAAACAACAACAACAACAACAACAAAUACUAGAGAUUUCUCCAAUUUUUAAUCUCUCUCUGUCUUUCUCCAAAUGAAACCCUAUUUGGUCAAUUUUUCCUUUACUCUAACUCACUGAUAAAACAUCCCCACCUCGCUUCCAUCUGUAACCUCAAUUUCUCUCUUCCAUUAUUUUCAAUCCACUCCAAUUUCUAAUCCUUCGAUUUCACUUUUUUUUUCGCAAAUUCAAAAUCCCCAAAAAAAAAAUUUCUAGGGUUUUCGGUUUUUUCUUAAUUGGAAAAUGGAAGGGAACAAAGACGACGCUUUGAAAUGCUUGAGAAUCGGUAAACAAGCUAUGGAAGCUGGAGAUCGAAGCCGAGCCUUGAAAUUCAUCUCCAAAGCUCGUCGUCUCGAUCCCACUCUUCCGGUCGAUGAUCUCUUAUCGGAGAUUGAGAAAGAAUCCAAUGGUCCCGGCGAUCCACAACCUCAUGGCUCUUCGGGGCCGACCAAUAACGGCACAUCGGAGCCAUCGAAACCGUCCGAUCAGCCAUCGGUCCGCCACCGAGGUCCGUCUUCAUCGUCGGCCUCAUCGGCAUCCGCAUCGGCCUCGUACACGGAGGAGCAAAUCGCGAUCGUGAGGCAGAUUAAGAAGAAGAAAGACUACUACGAGAUUUUGGGGAUGGAGAGGAGUUGCACGGUCGAGGAUGUGCGAAAAGCGUAUCGGAAACUGUCUUUGAAGGUUCAUCCCGAUAAGAACAAGGCCCCGGGCGCCGAGGAAGCCUUCAAGGCUGUUUCCAAAGCGUUUCAGUGUCUCAGCAACGAGGAGAGCAAGCGGAAAUACGACGUUUCGGGGUCUGAUGAGCCCGUUUACGAGCGUCGUCCUGCGCGGCGUGCUCACAGCUAUAAUGGUGGAUACUACGAAGCUGAUUUUGACGCGGAGGAGAUAUUUAGGAACUUCUUCUUCGGUGGUGGAAUGGCUCCAACUGCGGCUACGCAGUUUAACGGGUUUAGUUUUGGGCAAGGAAUGGGGCAUAGGGGUGGUGGUGAUAAUGGGUCCGGUGGGUUCAAUCUUCGGAUGCUAAUUCAAUUGCUGCCAGUUCUGCUCAUUCUGCUUCUGAGUUUUUUGCCGUCUUCUGAUCCCAUUUAUGCUCUUUCGAGGUCUUAUCCUUAUGAGUAUCGGUUUACCACCCAAAAGGGUGUUAAUUAUUAUGUGAAGACUACCAAGUUUGAGCAGGAGUACCCGCCGGAUAGCGCGCAACGGGUGUCACUGGAAGGGAAAGUUGAGAGGGAGUAUUUUACUAUACUUGCACAGAAUUGUCGGCUCGAGAUGCAGCGGCGCCAGUGGGGAUUUAUUCGUGAGACGCCUCAUUGUGACAUGCUACAAAAGUUUGAAUCUGUGGGGGCUUGACGAUUUGGAUCAAGAUUGCUUGUUCAGUGCCACUGGCCCACCGUCUUAGCAUUACCUAUUCUGAAGAAUGCACGGAGACUGGGGAAUCUGCACAAGAGUAAAGGGUUAUAGCACCUUUAGCUUUAUAUCUAGUAGACUAGUACUACACUGCGCCAUGAUGUUGUAAAAUUAUUGCCUUUAACUAUGUGAAUGCUUGCUGCAGUUUGGAUGCAUCGGGCAAGUUAAAUCAUUUUUCAGGCUAUAUGCUAUGUUGAAUAUAGUAUUCUUUGUAUGUGUUUGUUAAAUGAGCGGCUUUUUCUCCCAACCCGCAACAUCUAUUCAUGCUCAGUGCAUAGUUAAGAGGUGGAUUAGAUAUGUACGGUUAUUAAGCUUGCAAAAUACUGGGGUUUUCUUUAAAUUAUAUCCUGUUUUGGCAUC